AUGUUGGCAAAAGAUUUUUAUUCAAUAAUUAGUAGUGACGAAUCAACCACAAAUUUUUUAAUUAGCAAAAAUCUUGUGGCAAAUAAUGAAAAUGCCGAAUGUAUUAAGUGUGGAAGUGCUAUGAAUUUAUACCUACGUAAGGAGAGAGGUAAGGAAAGGAGAGUUUUACGUUGUAAGAGAAAGGGAUGUCAAACAACACAAACCUUAAGGAAAGAUAAUGCUUUUUGGACUUAUAUUGACAAGAAUGGUCGUCUAAAUAGUGGACUAAGCCUCAGUCAACAGUUAGAACUAGUGUUCUACUGGACUCAAGGUUUAUCCAAUAAAACAAUCAUGUCCUUAACUGGAAGAUCGUCCAACACCGUAUGUGACUGGAUGAAUUUGUGUCGGGAUAUACUACUAAAAAUGUUCGAAAAACGUAAUAAAUUUGGAGGACCUGAUGUCAUCAUACAAGUCGACAAAUGUUUGUUAAGAGGAUCCAGAAAAAAUCAUAAAGGUAGACAUCGACUUGCAGAUUUGCCGAGUGAAAACAUCGAAGACGAAAAUGACGACCCUCUUGAAAAUGGAAAAAGAAAUUAUGGUAGACGAAUGGAUGGUCCUUGGGUGUUUGGAUUAUGCGACGAUAGUGAGGCACGAUAUUUUGUUGUCGAAAAGCGGGACAAGCAAACUUUGCAUGACAUUAUUAAAAGAGAGGUUGUAUUGGGUUCUAUUAUACACUCUGAUGGAUGGCCAGCGUAUAAUGGGAUCGCCCAAUAUGGUUUUACGCAUAACACAGUUAACCACAGCGAAAAUUUUGUUGAUCCACUAACACAAGCGCACACUCAGAGGAUCGAAAGUUUAUGGAGACCAUUACGCUUAAAAGUAGUUAAAAAUAUGUGUGGUACAAGUCCUGAUCUCCUUCCAAGGUAUCUCAUGGAAACAUGGUGGCGAGGAAUAAAUAAAUCAGAUUUAUUUAAUGCAUUUUUAAGAGAUAUGGCAGAAGUUUUUGUAUAA